AUGAAAUUCGAAAAAGAAUUUUCAUCACAGAUGCUAUCAGAGUGGCAACAAGCUUACGUAGACUACAAGUAUCUCAAAACCCUUGUCAAAGACAUCAACCGUUUCAAACGCAAAACCAAUCCUCACCGUCAGAUGAGCCCUUCUUCAACAGUGGUCGAGAUUGGCGAUGGAAUAACGACGGCGCCUAUUCAGGUGAGUUCUACGGCGAGUCAACGGUAUGAGACAACGUUUUUGAUGACGGCGGAGAAAGGAGGAGAGUAUGAGUUGGUGUUUUUCCGGCGGCUAGACGACGAAUUCAACAAAGUUGAGAAAUUCUAUAGAGAGAGAGUGGAGGAGGUGGUGGAAGAAGCGGCGGCGCUUAACAAACAGAUGGAUACUUUAGUUGCGUUUCGGUGUAAGAUGGAAGAGGAGCGUACGGUGGAGAUGGCUCGCUUGGCCUCGUAUGUCGCGGUUUCUCCGGCGGAGCUUGCCAAAAACACAUCUAUGAAAAUUCACAUGGAGGCCAUAGAGGAAGGAGGUUCCAGUAGAGCUGGUCGAUCUGAUGAUGAUGACAAUAAUAAUACUGACGAAAAAGAAGAUAACAAUAUAUUCCUCACACCGGUCCACAACUUUAACAAGAUGAAAGCUUCAAGGCCGGCUUCCAUCGAGGUUUUAAAUAACAUUAAGAUCAACAACACCAAAGAAACGCCUCGGUCCACUACUAAAGGCGUUCUCAAGGUCUUAAACCAAACGGAGCUCAAAUUUAACAGAGAUAAUCUAAGGAAAAUUGAGGAGAAACUCAUAUGCGCCUUUAUCGAGUUCCAUCGGAAGCUUUGGUAUCUCAAGAGCUAUAGCUUCUUGAAUGUGUUGGCGCUUUCGAAGGUAUUGACGAAGUAUGAUAAGAUAACUUUAAGGGAUGCGGCUAAAUCUUACAUGAAAAUGGUUGAUAAAUCUUUCCUUGGAAGCUCUGAUGAGGUUAUGAGACUAAUGGAGAAUGUUGAAGCUACGUUCAUAAAGCAUUUCACGAAUGGUAACAGAACAAAAGGAAUGAACAUCUUGCGACCAAAACCUAAAAGAGAGAGACAUCGACUUACAUUUUCCACAGGUUUCGUGGGUGGAUGCAUGUUUUCUCUCAUAGUGGCUCUUGUUGCUAUCAUACGCACCCGAAACAUUUUACUAAAUGAUGGCCAAAAACAAUACAUGAAUACAAUGUUCCCUCUUUAUAGCUUGUUCGGAAUCAUUGUGUUACACAUGACUAUGUAUGCUACUGAUAUUUAUUUUUGGAGGCGUUAUCGAGUAAAUUAUUCCUUCAUACUUGGUUUCAAACAAGAAACUGAACUUGGCUACAAGCAAGUUCUCUUUGUGGGAUUCAGCAUUGGUGCGCUUGCUCUUCUUUGUGUUCUUGCCAAUCUUGAUAUGGAAACAGACCCCAAAACCAAAGAUUACCAAGCAUUAACCGAACUUCUUCCUCUUUUCCUCCUCAUUGCUAUGUUCGUAGUUCUAGUCUUACCAUUCAACAUCUUCUACCGAUCGAGUCGCUUCUUCCUCCUCAAAAGCUUCUUUCACAUCCUUGUUGCCCCUCUUUACAAGGUGACAUUACCCGAUUUCUUCUUGGCAGAUCAACUAUGCAGCCAAGCGCAAACUCUUCGAAGCAUAGAGUUCUACAUAUGUUACUAUGGUUGGGGAGAUUUCAAACAAAGAAAAAACACAUGUGGAGACUCUCAAGUCUUCAACACUUUCCUAUUCAUUGUUGUGGCUUUCCCAUUUUUUUCUCGCUUCCUUCAGUGUAUGAGGCGGAUGUUUGAAGAGAAAAGCAUAGAACAAGGAUAUAAUGGUUUCAAGUACAUUUUGAUAGUAGUAGCUGUUUGCUUAGGUAUGGCUUAUGAAGUGGAUGGUGAAAAAGACCGUCAAAUUAUUUGGAGAUUGUUAGGUGGUAUCACCUCAGCUAUGGCUGUGGUUUUCUGUACAUACUGGGACUUGGUUUACGAUUGGGGACUUCUUAAUCGAACAUCCAAGAAUCCAUGGCUACGCGAUAAUCUUCUCAUCCCACACAAGGAGGUGUACUUUAUCGCAAUGAUCUUAAACGUGGUGCUGAGAUUUGCGUGGAUGCAAACGGUGUUAGAUUUCAAAUUCGAGUCCAUGCACACACAAACUGUGGUCGGUGUCGUGGCAAGUCUGGAGAUCAUUCGUCGUGGAAUAUGGAACUUCUUCAGGUUAGAGAACGAACAUUUAAACAAUGUCGGUAAGUAUAGAGCUUUCAAGACAGUUUCAUUACCAUUCAACUACGAAGUGGACCAGUAAAUGUUCGUAGCCAUCCUUGCUUGCCAUUAGGUGGUGAUCUAAUUUGC